AUGGUGCUGACCACAUCACCAGUGGCCAGUGGCAGUGUGCCCCGGAGUGACUCUGGGAGGUUGCUGGAGGGUUGGAGUGGGACUGCCCGGCUGUGUUGGCUACUCUGGGCCCUGUGUGCCCACCUGCAGCUCGGGGGAACCUCUGAGCCAGAGCUGGUGACCAUCGCAGUGGUAUUGCCUCAGAACAACACCUCGUACCCAUGGGUUUGGCAGAGAGUGGGACCAGCCGUCCGCCUGGCACAGGACACCAUUAACAAGGAGCCGUGGCUAUUGUCUGGGCACCAACUGACCUACGUCUUUGGUAAUUGUGAGGACAAACUGGGGACCUGCUCCGAGUCCAUUGCCCCCUUGGUGGCCGUAGACCUCAAGUUCACCAAUAACCCGAACGUCUUUGUGGGGCCCGGCUGUGUGUACACAGCGGCGCCCGUGGCCCGUUUCACCGGGCACUGGAAGGUGCCAAUGCUGACGGCUGGCGCACCAGCCUACGGUUUCUCCCGCAGGUCAGCCAGCUACUCCCUGCUGACCAGGACUGGGCCGUCCCACGGGAAACUGGGUGAGUACGUGGCCUCCAUCCACCAGCUCUUCAACUGGACCAAGAGAGCCCUGUUCAUUUACAACGAUGAGAAGACGGAUGACCGGCCCUGCUAUUUCGCCGUCGAGGGGAUGUACCAGGAGGUGCCCAAAUUCAGGAACCUCACCGUGUUUGACAUCCCAUUCAAAGAGAGCGCAACCAUCGACUACAACUUCCUGAUUCAGGAGAUCAGACAGAAAGGGCGCAUCAUCUACAUUUGUUGCUCUCCGGACACGUUCCGCCAGUUGAUGCUGACGGCCAGGCAUGCGGGCCUGACCACCGGGGACUACGCCUUCUUCCACGUCGAUGUCUUCGGGGAGAGUCUCCACGGGGGGCAUGGGCAGGGGGCCCUGUUGCCAUGGAAACGGCAGGACCCAGACGACCAGGAUGCCAAAGAGGCCUACAGGGCGGUCAUGGUUAUAACGCUGAGAGAGCCUGACAACCGGGAAUACCAGCAGUUUGUACACAAUCUAAAACUCUACGCCAGGCAGUAUUUCAAUUUCACCGUGGUGGAUAGCCUGAUGAACUACAUUGCGGGAGCGUUCUAUGAUGGGAUUAUGCUUUAUGCUCAUGCUCUGAACGAGACCCUCGCUGCUGGAGGAACCACCAGGAACGGUGUCGCCAUUACCCAGCAGAUGUGGAACCGAACCUUUCAGGGAGUGACUGGGUUCCUUAAGAUGGAUGAGAAUGGCGACAGAGAGAACGAUUAUUCCCUCUGGGACAUGACUGAUCCCGAACUCGGAACUUUCCAGGUUGUCUCUCAGUACAACGGCACUCUGAAGAAGAUCAUUCCUGUUUCCGGCGUUGCCAUCCACUGGCCUGGGAACGGCGUCCCAAAGGAUGUGCCUUGGUGUGGUUUCGACAACGAGAACAUUGCCUGCAGGAGAGGGAGAGGGUUCACCACGCUGGAGGGCCUCGCCAUUGGAGGCAGCGUGAUCCUCAUCAUCAUCACCAUGAGCUCAUUCCUCAUCUACAGGAAGUUGAAGCUGGAGAAGGAGCUGGCGAGCGAGCUGUGGAGGAUCCGCUCAGAGAACAUUCACUUCAGCAGCGCGGAGAAGACCCUGGGGAAUACGGGCAGCAAACUGACCCUGUCCCUGCGUGACUCGAACGGUGGGUUACUGGUGCCGAGCGAUGAGCAGUGCCAGCUCUUUGCCAAGACGGCGUAUUACAAGGGAAAUGUUGUGGCCAUUAAACACAUCAACCAGAAAAGGCUGGAACUCACUCGCAACGUGCUUUUCGAGCUCAAACACAUGAGAGAUGUUCAGAAUGAGCAUCUAACCCGCUUUAUUGGAGCCAGUAUUGAUCCCCCUCACACCUACAUUGUUACCGAGUACUGUACCCGCGGCAGCCUACAGGACAUUUUGGAAAAUGAGAGCAUUACCCUGGACUGGAUGUUUCGUUACUCACUGAUCAACGACAUUGUCAAGGGAAUGGCGUUCCUGCACAGCAGCGUUAUUGGUUGCCACGGAAAUCUGAAAUCUUCCAACUGUGUGGUUGACAGUCGGUUUGUUUUGAAGAUCACGGACUAUGGUUUGGCCAGUCUCCGAUCACCGGGGGAUUCCCACGACGGGGCUCUGCUGUACGCAAAGAAGCUGUGGACGGCGCCGGAGAUCCUGCGGUUGGACGGCCCCUUGGCAGGCUCUCUGAAAGGAGACGUGUACAGCUUUGGGAUCAUCCUCCAGGAGAUAGCCCUGCGGAAUGGCCCCUUCUACAUCGAGGGCAGAAACCUCACUCCCAAAGAGAUUGUGGAGAAUGUGGUGCGUGUCCAGACGCCUCAGUUCCGGCCUAGCACAGGCCUGUGCAGCCCGGGGGUAGCGGAGCUCAGUGCCCUGAUGCAGAGAUGCUGGGCUGAAGACGUGCUCGAGAGACCCGACUUCAAUCAGAUCAAGGUCCUCGUGCGUAGGUUUAACAGGGAGAGCAGUUCCAACAUCCUGGAUAACCUGCUGUCGAGGAUGGAGCACUACGCCGAUAACCUGGAAGAGUUGGUGGAGGACCGGACUCAGGCCUACCUAGAUGAGAAAGGCAUUGCAGAGGCUUUGCUUUAUCAAAUCCUGCCACACUCGGUGGCUGAGCAGCUGAAGAGGGGGGAGGUGGUCGAAGCAGAGGCGUUUGACAGUGUCACCAUCUACUUCAGUGACAUUGUGGGCUUCACCGCCAUGUCAGCCGAGAGCACCCCGAUGGAGGUCGUGACUUUACUCAACGAUCUCUAUACCUGCUUCGAUGCCAUCAUUGACAACUUUGAUGUUUAUAAGGUGGAGACGAUUGGAGAUGCCUACAUGGUGGUGUCUGGCCUUCCGGUCCGGAAUGGGAAACUUCACGCCCGGGAGGUGGCUCGGAUGUCUCUUGCCCUCCUCGAAGCCGUCAAGACGUUCAAAACCCGGCACCGGCCUGAGCAGCAGCUGAGACUCCGGAUCGGAAUCCACACCGGGCCGGUGUGUGCUGGUGUGGUUGGCUUGAAGAUGCCCAGGUACUGCCUGUUUGGGGACACGGUAAACACAGCCUCACGUAUGGAGUCUAACGGUGAAGCCCUGAAGAUUCACCUGUCUGCAGCUACACAGGCUGUGCUGGAGGAAUUCAACUGCUUCCAGCUGGAUUUACGGGGGGAUAUCGAACUGAAGGGUAAAGGGAAGAUGAGGACCUACUGGCUGUUGGGGGAACGUCCCGUCAGCACCCAUAGCUGAUAUCCUGGCGUGGUCCUGCGGGGUGCAUCAGUCGCUCCCCAUUGCCUGAAUUCCUGCGUCUGAUCUCAACAGCAUCUGUCUAUCUCUGUGGAGGGGAGCACGGUGUCUCUACCCUGUCAGUACUGCUCAGGACUGGGAUCACAGAGAGAAUCUCCUG